AUGGCAGUCAACAAGAGUCCAACCAUGCUGGAUGAAGACCUCCCUGAGCAGGAGAAUGUGAUACAGAGGGUCCUGCAGCUGCCAGUGGUGAGUGGCACCUGUGAAUGUUUCCAGAAGACCUACACCAGCACCAAGGAAGCCCACCCCCUGGUGGCCUCGGUAUGCAAUGCCUACGAGAAGGGCAUGCAGGGCGCCAGCAACUUGGCUGCCUGGAGCAUGGAGCCCGUGGUCCGCAGGCUGUCCACCCAGUUCAUAGCUGCCAAUGAGCUGGCCUGCCGAGGCCUGGACCACCUGGAGGAAAAGAUCCCGGCCCUCCAGUACCCUCCUGAAAAGAUUGCCUCUGAGCUGAAGGACACCAUCUCCACCCGCCUUCGCAGUGCCAGGAACAGCAUCAGUGUGCCCAUCGCAAACACUUCAGACAAGGUCCUGGGAGCCGCUCUGGCUGGCUGUGAGCUUGCCUUGGGAGUGGCCAAAGACACAGCCGAAUUUGCUGCCAACACUCGAGCUGGCCGGCUGGCCUCUGGAGGGGCUGACCUGGCCCUGAGCGGCAUUGAAAAGAUGGUAGAGUUCCUCCUCCCUUCAGCCAAGGAAGAGUCAGGCCACGAUCCUGGAUGCCAGCAGGCCCAGAAGAAGCCUCCUAAGGGCAAGCCGAGCCUCUUGAGCAGGGUUGGGGCACUGGCCAACACGCUUUCUCGGCACACUUUCCAGACCACAGCCUGGGCGCUGAAGCAGGGCCACGAUGUGGCCAUGUGGAUCCCAGGUGUAGCCCCCCUGAGCAGCCUGGCCCAGUGGGGGGCAUCAGCGGCCAUGCAGGUGGUGUCCCGGCAGCAGGGUGGGAUGCAGGUGCCCUGGCUGCACACCGUCACUGCCACCCAGGAGGAGGCCCACGAUGACCAGACGGACACAGAGAGGGAGGAGACACAGGAGGAGGAAGAGGAGGAGGAGGAGACCGAAGAGAAGCUCAGUGAGGUGGCAGCCCUACCCAGCCCAAAAGGCCUCCUGGGCAGUGUGGCACACACUAUGCAGAUGGCCCUCCAAAGCUCCAUCUCGGCUGUGACCUGGGCACCUGCCACUGUGCUGGGCAUGGCAGGGAGGCUGCUGCACCUCACGCCCACCCAUGCUGUCUCCUCGACCAAGGGGAGGGCCAUGUCCCUGUCGGAUGCCCUGAAGGGCGUUACUGACAACGUGGUGGACACGGUGGUGCACUACGUGCCGCUCCCUAGGCUGUCGCUGAUGGAGCCAGAGAGCGAAUUCCGGGACAUCGACAACCCACCGGCUGAAGCCGAGCGCCGGGGCUCCGGGGCCCCGGCCACUGGCCCAGAGCCCUCGCCGCGCCCAGCUCAGCACCAAAGCAGCCUGCGCAACACGCGUGGCGUGGGCUCGCCCGCCGGCCCGAGUCUGGACGACAAGCUCGUGACGCCCGCUGGGCCAAGCCCGGGCUUCCAGGCCGUACCCCGCGAGAAGCCCGUGCGCAGGGUCAGCGACAGCUUCUUCCGGCCCAGUGUCAUGGAGCCCAUGCUGGGCCGUGCGCAGUACAGCCAGCUGCGCAAGAAGAGCUGA